AUGGACAAAUCGAAGGAAUUGUCAGAUGGCUACCAUGCCGAGAUUCAGUCCGAGGAUAUUGUGGUUGCUCAGCAAGACGAAGGAUGGGAAGACCCACGAGUGAAGAAAAUCAAGCGGAAAGUGGACAUCAGACUGUCCGCUAUGCUGGCCUUGAUGUAUAUCGUCAACCAGAUUGAUCGAAAUAAUCUGCCGAACGCUGUCAUUGCCGGAAUGGACGACGAUCUCAACCUCAUUGGCAACCGGUAUCAGGUCAUAGUGUUGGUCUUCUUCCCUACCUAUGUUCUCUUCAACUUCGUGGCUACAGUUUUAGCACGCAAGCUCGGUCCCCGGCCAUUCCUCGCCGGUAUCACGUUGGCCUUUGGUCUGGUUGUCGUUGGCUUUGGCCUGGUGGAAACCUGGACGCCUCUGAUUGCCUUGCGUGUGCUCCUCGGAAUGUUCGAGAGUUGCUUUUUCCCAUCUGCCAUAUUUCUGGUAGCCAUGUGGUAUACUAGGAGAGAGGUUGCGAAGCGUAAUGCAUUCUUUUAUCUGGUUGGCAACAGCGUCGGUGGUUUCGGCGGCGUGCUAGCCUAUGGAUUGCAACAAAUGGAUGGAGUUGCAGGGCGUCCGGGCUGGCAGUGGAUCUUCAUAUGGGAAGGAAUCGUGACGGUCAUCAUAGCCGGUCUCGGCUAUCUGUUUCUGAUCGACUUUCCUGAAGAAGCUUACAGAACGAAAUGGUUCCUCAAGGAAGACGAAAUCAAGAUCAUGAUUGACAGGGUUGAGCGCGACAGAGCAGAUGCCCACGUCACGCCUUUCAACCUCAAGCACUACCUCUCGCAAGCCAAAGACUGGAAAAUCUGGUUGUUCGGGAUCAAUUUCGGGAUGUCUGGUGCGGUGACUUAUGCCGUCAGCUACUUUCUCCCGAUCAUCCUCAGAGAUUCCUUGGGGUUCAGUGUCGUGCAGUCGCAAUGCCUGACUGCUCCAUGCUACGCCUUCUCAUUUCUUCUUGGCUUCGCAACAAGCUGGGUUUCAGACAAGUACAACAUCCGUGGCCACGUGCUCAUCUUCAACGCUCUCCUCGAGAUCAUCGGCGUAGCAGUCCUCGGAUAUGCUGAGCAGCCAUACGUCCGCUAUUUUGGCGCGUUUCUGAUCACUGCCGGCUGCAACUCCAACGUCCCAGCAAGUAUGACAUACCAGGCCAACAACGUGGUCGGCCAGUGGAAGAGAGCUUUCACCUCUGCGACGAUCGUAGCCUGGGGCGGCAUCGGUGGCGUGAUAGGCACCGUGGCCUUUCGCUCACAAGACAGCCCAACUUACAGACCUGGCUUGUAUACGUGCUUCACAUGCGCGAGUGUGACGAUUUUGAGCGUCGCUACUACGAGUGUAUACAUGUGGCACAAGAAUCGACAGCAGGCGAAGGGCUUGAUCAUCAUUGAAGGAGUACCGGGAUUCAGGUAUACUCUGUGA